UUGUUCUUCUUCUUCUCCCCAAUUUACAACAGACAGAGAGAGAGAAUGUGCAUAGCAGUGUUCUUAUGGCAAUCGCAUCCGCUUUACCCUUUUCUUCUCUUUUUGAACAGAGAUGAAUAUCUCAACAGGGCGACGGAGGCGCUGCGUUGGUGGCAAGACGGAGAGACGCUUGGAGGCAGAGACCUCGUGGGCGGCGGGACGUGGCUCGGAUGCAACAGGCAUGGCCGUAUAGCUUUCCUCACCAAUUUCAGGGAGACCUCCUCCAUCCCCGAUGCUAAAUCCCGUGGAGAUCUCCCUCUUCGUUACUUGCAGAGCCAAAAGAGCCCUGCCGAGUUUGCCGAGGAGAUCGAAAAGGAGGCUUCUCUCUACAACGGUUUCAACCUCGUUGUCGCUCAUGUCUUCUCCAAAUCCAUGUUUUACGUUACCAACCGGCCACUCAGCCAGCAGCAGCUCGUGACGCUAGUCUCUCCGGGGAUCCAUGUCCUUUCCAACGCCAACCUCGACUCUCCUUGGCCCAAGUGUCUGAGGUUGAGAGACGGUUUCAAUCAGCUUCUGACCCAACACCCAGGUGGUGAAUUCCCCGUUAAGACUAUGGUUGAGGAGGUGAUGACUGAUACUGUCAAGGACCAAGAGCCUGACCUGCCUCACGUUUUCCCACCUGACACCGAAUACCAUCUCAGCUCUAUCUUCGUCGACGUUCCUAGACCUGCUGGGCGUUAUGGGACCAGAAGCAUCUCUGCGCUCACCAUCAAGUCCCAUGGCCAGGUCUGUUUCUACGAGAGGCAUCUUGAACCAGGCGGUGGUUCCUGGAAGGAGCUCACUCAACACUUUGUCAUACAAAAUCAAACCUCUACUUGACCCUCUCUUAUUCCUUUCUUUUAUCACACAAAUCCUAAAACUCUCACAUUUGUAAUAUGUGCGUGUGUCUAAAUAAUACAGAAAACAUAGUUCAUGUC